AUGGGUUGCUGCUCGUCCGUGCCGUCGCGUAACGAUGACCAUCCGCCGACCGGCCAGGAGGAGAUCGUUGACGACUCCAGAGCCCAGCCGGCUUCGCGCAAUACAGCCGACAUUACCCCCGUUACCGCCCAUACGGCCCGCCGCCGCUCGCGCCGCGCUCCCAAUCUCCCGCUGAACGAACACUACAACGAGCCGGUGCGCCUGCACAUCUGGUACAGCAAGCGCCGCAUCUGGUCGCGCAUCGAGCUUGACCGCGAGCGCCGCGAGUUUUUCGAGACUCGGGUCACCGGCCGCCCGGAAGUAUGGGCCGCCCUGUCGACCGCCAUCACGUUGAUGCAGGGAGGGGAUCUGGCGACGGCACAGAGCAUCGUCGAUGCGGCGGGCGUGACCGUCCCCACGGGAGAUCUGUGCGAGGGCUGCUACGAUGAGCAAGGCGUGCUCUAUCGCCUCCCACAGUGUAUUGUCAGCGACCCGGAGAACAUGAAGAAGGCUGCCUCGCCGACCACGGAAGCGACUCGUCCAGAAGAUGCCGAUCGAGACGAGGACGAUACGGAAGCGAUGUCGGAUGGGAAGUUAGCGACAGAUGAUGCCUCGGGCGACGAGUUAAUCACCGAGGACGCCGAAAGGCGCCGCGAUGAGAAAGGGAAGACGAGUGAGCGAGACUUGAUUCGCGUUCAGGCCCGACUGAGUGAUCGCGGUGGCCCAGAUCUAGUGCUCUUGGUCGGCAAAAAUCAGAGCGUGGGCUUUCUGGCAAGAAAGAUUCAACAAGAAGCUGCCAUCCCCAGCCCACGCCGAGUGCGGAUUGCCUACCUCGGCCAUAUACUCAAGGAGCACGAAUCCCUGCCUGAGCAAGGAUGGCAGCGUGGCCAUGUUAUUAACGCUUUAAUUACUUCCGGGAGCUCUUUUUCAUAG